AUGGGAGCGUUGCAGAUCCUGUCAACGCAGCGGAUAUGCGGUCGUUUGCUGGAGGUGUCUGGGCGAAAGCUGGACACGGAGGCGGAGGCGAACGAUACAAACAGCAUUGCUCGUAGCGAGCAGCGGCUUUUGUUUCGUUUUGUUCCAGUGCUUGCGACUGGACCGACUGCUGGAAGUUGCGGGUGUAAAAUAGGCUUUGUUGCUGGACUUUAUGCGUCAGGCACAGGGUCAGUGCGUUCCCUUGCAACCGCUUCGCGGCAGUGCGGGUACACGGCAGCCGGGUGCGGCCUCGGGGGUGCGUGGCGGCGCUGCAGGCUGCGGCCUGGUGGUGAACCAAACCGACGACGUGUAGGCUUGAUGUCGCCGCGCCGGCGUUCGGUUGGUGUGCAGUCCCUUCGUUUACAGUUCGUCGACCCGAGUCAAUCGCUAGCUGCGCUGCAGGACAGCUGGCAUACGGUUACGUUUGCGCUGGCUAGUGCAUCACUUCUGCUGGUCGAUGCUGCUGACGGCUCGACGAGUGCAGCUGCUGCAGCGACUGCGGCAGCUGGGGCCCAGAAAGCAGGCCUCUGGAACGGUUUCGUGCACCUGAUUGAGACGAUCAUCACGGGCACCGGCGAUACCCUGGCAGCGCUCGGUGUUCCUGGCUCUUAUGGAUUCGCUAUCAUUUUUCUGACCAUUAUUGUCAAGGCGAUCACUUUUCCGCUCAACUAUAAGCAGAUGAAAAGCACGAUGGCGAUGCAGGCGCUGGCGCCGAAAGUGCGUGAACUUCAGGCGCGGUAUCGGGACAACCCACAGUUGCUGAACCUCGAGACGGCCCGUCUGUACCAGGAGGCCAAAGUGAACCCGCUGACUGGUUGUCUACCAGUCUUUGUGCAGUUGCCAGUCUGGAUAGCCCUCUAUCGAGCGCUCAUGAACCUCGCCGCUGAUAAUCGGUUGGAUCAGGGAUUCUUCUGGUUGCCGAGUCUCGAGGGCCCCGUGCGUCAGGGCCAGGGGCUUUCCAGCUGGCUCUUUCCGUUCCAGAACGGUGCACCGCCUAUAGGCUGGCAUGAUGCAAUCGCGUAUCUGGUCCUUCCGUGCCUCUUGGUGGUUUCACAGUCCAUCAGUCAGAAGAUUCUGCAGCCACCGGUUCAGGAUCCGCAGCAGCAACAAGCGAAUGCGAUUCUGCGCUUCCUCCCGUUCAUGGUAGGAUGGUUCUCUCUGAACGUGCCCAGCGGCCUGGGAUUGUACUGGGUCACCAAUAAUAUCGUCUCUACAAUCCAAACUAUUGGCAUCAAGCGUUACCUGGCAUCGAAGCAGCCCGAACGAGUGGGCGCCCCGCGCACCCUCGACGGUGCUGUCGACGAACGCCUCAACCCGGAGGCCAUGGGAUUCACGCCGCGGACCAGCGAGACCAACGGGGAUGCUGUGGAUACCGAAGAUCCAUCCACGAAAUCCAAACGCAAACCAAGUAAGAAAAAACGACGGUAA